GAAGUUUGCGAUUUGAUUCAAGGAUCUUUUGUGAGAGACGUCGUGUGAAGUCAUGAAAACUGCUACAUUUAAUGCGAUUUAUUUUUAUUUAUUUUUUGGUAGAAGUUAUGCAUUACAGAAACAGUCUUCAUGGCAAAUCUUGAAGUUUUUAAAGAUCUCAGCCCGGAGAAAGUCGAGAGAUGCAUGCAUGUUAUGCAGUCUGGGACCCAAAUGGUCAAGCUGAAGAAUGGAUCGAAGAGGCUGGUUUGUCUCUUCUACUUGGACAAGCAUCAGACGUGCAUCAGAUGGAGACCAUCUAGAAAAAGCGAGAAGGCCAAAAUUACCAUUGAUUCUUUGUACAAGGUUACAGAAGGGAGGCAUUCUGGGAUUGUACCUCGCCAUGGCGAAGGGAACUUUGACCCGAGUUGCUGCUUUACUAUCUACCAUGGUAACCAUAUGGAGUCCCUGGAUGUAGUAACCUCCAACCCAGAGGAUGCUCGCACAUGGAUUACUGGCCUCAAGUACUUGAUGGCUGGAAUAAGUGGCGAGGAUUUACUUUCCAAGAGACAGCGAACCCACGACCAAUGGAUGAAACAAACCUUUGAGGAAGCUGACAAGAACAGGGAUGGGCUGCUCUAUAUCGAAGAGGUCUAUCAGUUGUUAAAUAAAAUGAAUGUCAAUCUGCCACGAAGGAAAGUCAGACAGAUGUUUCAAGAGGCCAACACUGAUGAGCACCAGGGAACUUUGACCUUUGAGGAGUUCUGCGUUUUUUAUAGGAUGUUGUCACUCCGAAGGGAUAUAUUCUUAUUGUUCAUGUGUUUUAGUGAUAAAAAGAAUCAUCUCACCGUUGAGGAACUCGCUCACUUCCUCAAGACGGAACAGAAGGUCUUCUUUCCCUCACGUUUGAGCAAUGUGAUGACAGAAUAUUGUUUGGAUGUUGUUGAUAAGUUUGAAGUCUCCGAAGAAAACAAAAAGAAAGAUGUGUUGGGGAUAGAAGGGUUUACCCUUUUCAUGCGUAGCCCUGCCUGUGAUAUAUUCAACCCUUUGCACCACGAGGUGAACCAAGACAUGGACCAGCCACUGUGUAACUACUUCAUCGCUUCAUCCCACAACACCUACCUGACCGGCGACCAGAUGCUGUCUCAUUCCAAGACCGAUAUGUAUGCCUGGGUCCUUCAGUCUGGCUGUCGCUGCGUUGAGGUCGACUGUUGGAAUGGCCCAGAUGGUGAGCCAGUGGUACAUCACGGAUACACACUGACGUCCAAGAUCUCUUUCAAAGAUGUCAUUGAAACAAUCAACAAAUACGCCUUCGUGAACAAUGAGUAUGGGAAAAGACUGCCCCCAUACCUUGCUGCUGAGGCCGAGGAAGGAGACGUUUCGGAUGACGACAGCGCUGAUGAAAUAGAAGAUGACUUCAAAUUAAAACACAGCAGUAGCAACAAAGCAACCAAACACCAGGUGGAAUCCUGCAUCAGGAAGAAGCUAGACUCCUUGCUGAAAGUAAAAAUUGGGGAUAAGGAGGAUUCAGAGAGCUUUACCAUUAGGGCUCUAUUAAAAGCCACACACGAAAGCUUGCACAUGAAUCUUAAACAGAAUUCGAACAUCAAAGAAGGUGGAAAGAAAUCCCAAAGCCGCUCCUUUAUCAGCAAUUUUUCAAAACAUAAGAAAAAUGGAAGGUCGAGAUCCAAGUCUCAGAGCAUGGAGGGAGAUGAAGAAGGACAGCAUGAUGCUUCGGGGAAAGAUGGGGGGCUGCUUCACAGGUUAGGUAGGCGCAGGAAAACAAUUAAGCUGAGCCGGGAGCUCUCUGAGCUAGUGGUUUUUACAAACUCUGUGGCCUCCCAGGACGUUCUCAAGGAAGGCACUGCUGGGAAUGUGCUGUCAUUUAGCGAGACAAGAGCCCACCAACUGGUGAAUCAAAAGCCUGAACAGUUUAUCUUGUUUAACCAGAAAGAGCUGUCCAGAAUCUAUCCCUCAGCAUAUAGGGUAGACUCCAGCAAUUUCAACCCACAGGCUCACUGGAACAUUGGAUGCCAGCUAGUGGCUUUAAAUUACCAGACAGAAGGGUGUAUGAUGCAGCUUAACCGGGCUAAAUUCCUGGUGAACGGGAACACUGGCUAUGUCCUCAAACCUCAGCCAAUGUGCAAAGGUACAUUCAAUCCAUUCUCUGAAUAUCCUCUCCCUCCUUAUACCAAGAAACAACUUGUUCUAAAAAUCAUCAGUGGACAGCAGUUGCCUAAACCCCCCAACUCCAUGCUAGGGGAUAGAGGAGAGAUAAUUGAUUCCUUUGUUGAAGUAGAGAUCAUUGGUUUGCCAUUGGACUGCUGCAAAGAACAGUCCAGAGUUGUUGAUGAUAAUGGAUUCAACCCUGUUUGGGAGGAGACAAUAACUUUCACCCUUCACUUGCCCGAGCUGGCUUUAGUUCGUUUUCUGUGCUCGGGCAGUGACCAUGUACUGCACCGCACAGCCAGCGCUCCUGCAAAGGGCCACAAAAAGAACAAAAUGGGUUUCACUGAAGUCAGCAAUGACAUAAAGGAGAAUGAACCUGACACUCUGAGUCUGGAGCUGCCUGGGAAAAGCAAGACCAACAACAUGCCGACAUGUCCAUACACCCCAGACAAGAAAAUACUGAAGCAAGCUGGGUUCCCCUGGAGACUCACAGGUUAUAUAACCAUGCUGCUUCUGUCCAUCUCCAGCACCUUUUUCACUGAAAUACUGUUGUCUGCCUUUUACUCCUGCAUCACAUCACCACUACACUUGUUCCCCUUACCAGCCACUUUGCCACACCCUGCCAUGAAGGAAAGAAUGUGGAUGGCUUCUCUUACCAGCAGGCCGCAGUCUGCCGAUCCUUUAACAGAACAGCUGCGUAAACUUGUAUCCUUCGAACAGGAAGAGAGGAUCCCACCCAUGCCCGUCAUUCAGGUGAAGGACGAUGAAGAAGACUCCCCAAAGAUGCUGUCUAGAAAGCUGUCAUCCCAUAGCCAGAGCAGAGUCCGUCACAUCGCCAGCCGAGCCAGGGAAAGGCAGGAAGCCAGCAAGCAAACACUUCCCAACAGCUGCAGCACAGCCAGCGUAGUUCUGCAUAACAGGUCCCCGGCUCAGCACUCUACUGUUAACAGACAUUCCACAGGUUCCUACAUUGCUGGAUACCUAAACCAUAUUAAUGGUGCAGAGCUGGUAGACCCGGGCUUGACUGAAGCAGCCUGCACAUAAUUACGUUAUGGCUAUAAUGAUCAUUUUUAUGCUGAAGACUCCAAUUCUGGCCCUACCUAAGAGCCAGAGAUAUAUUUCUUACUGCGACUGUAAAUGUAUUUGGAAAAACAGCCAACCAAACCACCUGAACAUUUUUUUUUGUAUUACAUAUUUUUAAGAUGUGUUAUAUUUUAAUCAAAAUCUUAGUCUUCCUUUUGAUUAGGAUGUUGAAUGACAGGCUGUACUGUACAGAAGUGGAUUCUGUGAUUCAGCUUUUAAUGUACACUAAAAGAAAUACUGUGACAACAAACUUAAGAAACUGCUGCAUGUGUCUGAUCUAAUUACUGCAAAGCUUGUAUUUCUAAUGCAUGACCUAUGCACAUUUUUAAAAAUACAUUUCCCAUCUGUACAUUUGCACAGAUCAGAACAUCAUUGCUUGAUGCAAUUAACCAAAAACCAAUUCAAUAUGACUGUCUUUAAAGAAAGUGUAUCUUUUGUUUUAUAUUUUUUUAUUUUGUCUAUGUGUGUGUUGAUAUAGAGAGGGGGGAGCGCCUAGUGGACUGUUGUGGAACAACACAUUAUUCUUCCUUGUAAGGGUAGCUGUCAAAUCAAAAAGCAGGGCCAUAAUAUUUGGAGCUAUGUCUGUUUUAUUUCAUUUUAAAGGGUGUACAGAAAUUAUAAAAUUUGCAGUUUUGUUGUGUUGUUUUAUGCCCCCCAUAAGAAUGAACAGAUUUUAAAGCGGUCACACACAAAAAAAGCUUAGUACAGACAUA